AGUUUUUCUCUCUCUAUCACUACUAAUACUGCUAACACGAGGUGUCACCUUAUUGGAUACAGUCUGGCAAUUUUUUUCAAAUUUCACAGAAUUGGUCUUCAAUACCAAAAUCAAAAUUAUUAUUUCCAAAUUUUCUUUUCGUCGAGUAUUUCACCAAAACUAAUUAAUUACUCCUAUAAAAUAUCAAAUUAUUCAGUCUUAAUUCAUAAGAAACCCAAAUUCAAACAGAAGACACCAAACAAAAACAAUGAGUUAUCCUCCUCCAGGGUAUGGUACACCAUAUGCACCACCAUCAGCACCACCACCACCAGGGUAUGAAGGGUACCCUCCCCCACAAGGGUACCCUCCACCGCCAGGGUACGGCGGAGGUUACCCUCAACACCACCAUCACCACCACCAACCUGGUGGUUACCAGGGUUACUUCAAUGAUGGCUACCCUCCGCCUCCGCCGCCUCCUCAACCUUAUCCACCCACCCAAGUUUAUCAUUGUGAACAUUCUCAUCAUCAUGAUGGUGGUUGUUUCUCCUUCUUGAAGGGAUGUUUUGGUGCCCUCUGUUGCUGCUGUUUGUUCGAAGAAUGCUGCUUCUAGUCACCUUGCUCUACUAGGUAUUCUACCGAAACUAUAUGUCCCCCUCUUGAAGACUAUGUGUCCCCUUCUAUUAUGGGCAUUCUCAUCUGUGAAUCUUGAGCAUUUCUCUGAUGCCCACAUCUGCUGUCUUUAUUUUAUGAUCAGAGCUUUUAUAAUUGCAGAAAUCAGUAUUCGUAAUAUUAUUUGAACUGAUGCCUAUAGUUUGUAAGUAAUUCCAAAAUCUAUGUGAAAUAUCUUGAAAAUAUUUGAGGUUUGCCCUUAAUUUUGUUUGAAUUAUAUAGAUAAAUGUGGGCUUUUGUA